AUGAGUGUGUGCAGCAGGAAGGCUCUGACUCUGCUCAGCAGCGUCUUUGCAAUCAGUAGCCUGGGGCUGCUGGGAGUGGCAGUGAGCACAGAUUACUGGCUGUACCUGGAGGAGGGCGUCAUUAUGCCCUUGAACCAGAGUGCCGACAUCAAGACUUCACUGCACUCGGGCCUGUGGAGAGUCUGUUUUCUGGCUGAGUCUGUGAGUAAAUUUAUUAUAGUACCCUUGGGUAAAUUUGGUGAGGAGUCGGGUCGGUGCUUCACCAUCGAGUACAUCAUGCCUAUGAACAUCCAGGUGACGUCGGAGUCCACAGUGAACGUGCUCAAGAUGAUCAGCUCUGCGACUCCCUUCCCUGUGGUUAGCCUCUUCUUCAUGUUCAUCGGUUUUGUCCUCAACAACAUUGGACAUGUACGUCCCCACCGCACCAUCCUGGCAUUUGUCUCUGGAAUCUUCUUCAUCCUUUCAGGUCUAGCUCUGGUGGUGGGUCUGGUUCUGUACAUCUCCAGCAUAAAUGAUGAAAUGCUGAACAGAACUAAGAGCAGCGAGGCUCAUUUUUCGUACAAGUAUGGAUGGUCAUUUGCUUUCGCUGCCAUCUCUUUUCUCCUCACUGAGAGUGCAGGUGUCAUGUCCGUCUACCUGUUCAUGAAGCGCUACACAGCAGCGGAGAUCUACCAGCCUCGCCAUCCCAAUUUCUACCGCCCUCGCCUCAGCAACUGCUCCGACCACUCGGGUCAGUUCCUUCACCCGGAGGCCUGGUCACGUGGAAGGAGCCCCUCAGACAUCUCGAGUGAAGCUUCCCUCCAGAUGAGUGCCAGCUACCCUGCCCUCCUCAAAUGUCCUGACUAUGACCAGGUGUCAUCUUCGCCCUGCUGAGAGGGGAGUCACCUGAAGGUCAUUCAGAGGGUCUUAUAGGGUCAAACGACCAGACAAGCUCAGAG